UGCCUCAAACCCCCAAAUCCAUGGCUUCUGUCCCUCCGACGCUUCUACUCCUAGCCGCGGCGGCGCUCGCCCUUCUCUCCGCCGCCGCCUCCGCCGCUGCCGCCGAUGUUACCAAGGUAUGCGUCGUUGGUAGCGGCAUCGGUGGAUCUUCGGUGGCGCAUUUCCUCAGACAAUACACCUGCGCCCAAAGUGCCGCGAUUCCCUGCGUCGACGGCAUACGCAUCUUCGAGAGGCGCGGGAAGGUCGGUGGCCGGAUGGCUACAGUUACGAUCGGCGGAGAUACCUUCGAGGCCGGGGCAUCUAUCAUCCACCCCAAGAACCUCCACGCCCUCGGUUUUGCCCGCCUCCUCCACCUCGAUACCAAAGCCGACGACGACUCCGGUGUCGAUCUGAACUCCAACGUCUCAUCGUCGUCGUCUUGGUUUGGAAUUUGGGAUGGAUCUCGGUUCGUAUUCAAGACUCUCACGCCUCCUUCUGCUUCAAGCUCCGCUAUGUACCGCAAGCUGUACCCUUUGUUCGACUCUUUGGUACUUCUCUGGCGCUACGGAUUAUCCCUCCUCCGGAUGAACCGUUUCGUUAAGGACAUGUUGCAAAGAUUCAUGCUUUACUAUAGUGAUCUUGAGUCCCGGCCUGUAUUUGAGACCUUAGAGGAGAUGCUUAAAUGGUCGGGAUUGUAUGGGCUGACCCGCUGCACGCUUCAGGAAGAAUUGGCUGACGCAGGGAUAUCUUCUCGGUUAACAUCUGAGUUAAUAACUGUAAUAACACGAAUCAACUAUGGUCAGGAUGUUACCAUCAGCGGACUAGCUGGGGCAGUUUCGUUAGCUGGCUCAGAUCCUGGAUUGUGGUCAGUUAGUGGAGGCAACUGGCAACUUGCUGCAGGGUUGAUUAGGCAUUCAAAUGCCACUUUGCAUCUCGAUGAAGGAAUAAAUUCCAUCACUAAUGUUGGAGGUUAUUAUGAGCUCAAUUCUUCAAAGGGGAACUCAUAUGCCUGUGAGGUAACAGUGAUUGCUACACCAUUAGAUGAGAUAAAUAUCACCAUUGUACCUCCAGUUUCUAUCCCCAGUAGAAGGUUACAGCACACACACACAACUUUUGUCAGAGGGCUUCUUAACCCGAAAUAUUUUGGGCUAAAUAUUGCAUCAGAAAUUCCUGACCUCGUGGGCACGCUUGAGCUUCCCGAUAUUCCAUUCUCAUCCAUAUCCAUUCUCAAGAAAUACAAUGAAGAAGAUAUUAGCUACAAGUUGUUUUCUCGGGCACCACUGGAUGAUGACUUUCUAGACAUACUAUUCAGCAAGAGGAGGGAAACUCUCCGGAUAAACUGGCCUGCAUAUCCUCAUUAUGAAGCUCCAGAGCUGUUUGCCCCCAUAAUUUUGGACGGUGCACAUUUGUAUUACAUUAAUUCGUUUGAAAGUGCUGCUAGCACAAUUGAAACCAGUGCUGUCGCAGCUGAGAAUGUUGCGCGGCUAAUUAUAGCUAGGAUCUCUGGCCAGUUGUCGUCAUUUGCUCCAAUUUUAAGGUCUCAUUCUACUGAAGAAUCACUCCACACUGAUCUGUAAGAUAAGCUACGAUUUGGAAGACUAAAAGAGCUCCCUGCUUUGAUGCUCUGCUUUUGGGUUUCUCGUCCGGCUCACUGCUGCUCUACUUGUAGAUGGCAUACAGCAGCAGCUGCAUUGCCCCCAGCACGCUUCCACAGCCAUUCGGCACCUGAACAGCGCAAUAGCACAGUGCUUGCGAAUGAAAUCAAUGGAACACUUGGGGAAACUACAGAAAUCAGAUGGAAUCAUAUCAUAAUCACCGAGAUGAAGGGAUCAUGGCCGAGCAAUCCGUAGACAAAUCACGAGGUGCUGCACAGGAAGACGAACAUCGAGAGCAGGAACGGCGUGUACUCCACGCUCUUGGUCUUGAUCACCAGCCGCACGAUCGACAGAGCUUGCGGGGCUGGCCAUCGAGGAGCUCCAGGGAGAUCACGGCAACAGCUGCAAAGGCUGAGAGCACGGCGGCGAGCAGCACUGCAGUGUGAGCUCUGACGGAUGGUUUGGACGCGAAGACGAGGAAGAUAACAACGUAGACGGCUUCGAUGGCGGCACCGGCUCCGUUGACGGUGGACACCAGGAUGUUGUCCGGUGACACGAACGGCAAACCGUACCUGCAUAAUUAACGCAUUUAUCAACCUCUCUUUCAUCUAAAUGACCCCUUCAGUAGUUGAGAUCGCACACCAAGCAGAGAGGAGGCAGUUGAGCAAGGUCAUGUUGUAGGGAACGCCUGAGAAAUCCUCUGUGGAUCUGCUCCUGAUGAUCCUCAAGAACGUGACACUCCAGACACUAAAAGGCAAACAACAAGAAACAGUUUGUUUAGUAAAGAU